AUAUAUCCAUCGGAAAUAAUCGGAAACGUUCGUGAGCUACGUAAUGUGCACAGUUUGCUAUUUUGUACACAUAAAAGCACUAGUAAACAUGUUUUAGCACAGCAAGAAAAGGAAACAGAAAAGAAAACAUAGAGAGUCACAGAAAUCUGUGUAUAUAAUCUUUUGAUUACAUAUUAGAGAGUUGUCCUAAAUGUUGAGAAGUUAGAGGUUUUAGGUUAUGUAAGAGGAGCAUGAUUUAUUUUCCAAUUAAUUAACUGUAUAUUCGCGACAUGUCAGCGAUGGGACGCAGAAUUUUUGUAGAAUUUAGCAGAAACAGAUUGAGUAGUUUAUCAAACUGGUUUAUUGCCGCGAGAUUUAGCAGCGGCGCACAAAAUGCGGAAACCGCGAAGAAGAUUGCUCCGGCCCCGCAGCCAGGGAAAAUUCAAGCUGCAUUAUUGAAAAAGUUCUCGAGUCCUCUCGUCAUUGAAAAUUUACAAUUACCUAAAAGAACAUUAGAAACUGAAGUUCUCAUUGAUGUUCAUUAUUGUGCAUUGAACGUUUCUGAUGUUCUUCUCAGUCAGAACUUAUAUACAUUUGAACCAAAAUUACCAAUGAUUCUUGGUUAUGAGAUUGUUGGAAAUCUAGUCGAAGUUGGUACAGAGGGAAAAAAUGGUUAUAAGAUUGGAGAUAAAGUCAUUGCUCUUAACAAAGAACGAUAUGGUGGCUUGGCUGAAAAGUGUUUGGCAGAAAUUCAGGAUAUAUGGAAAGUAUCUUCUAUGAAAUCAGCUUCUAUGGAUCUAGUAAGUGUCUUAGAUAAUUAUAUCACUGCUUUAACUGCAUUAGAAAGAAAAGUCAAUCUUAAUGAAGAUGACAUGAUUUUAAUAAACAUUGGCAUAAGUGGCGUUGGUCUGGCAGCUGUGGAUCUCGCAACAAAUGUCUUUAGGGCCAAGGUCAUUGGAGUUUGCGCUACAGAAGAUGGGGCUGACCGAGCUCGAAAGAUAGGGGCGUUCAUGGCUCUCAAAUACAAAGAUAAGAAACUGUUGAAACAGAUCGAAAAAAUCGCAGCUGAACGAGAUAUCAAAGCCAUCUUCGAAGAUGGGGAUGGAGAAUAUUUAAAAAAAAUAUUGGGUUGUUUUACCAAUAUUUACAAAGAUGCAACGUUAAAAGAUUUAUUGCGCAAUGACAGUUUCGCCGUGGUGGUGCAUCACUUGUCUCGCGAAGGGCGCGUUAUCAUAGCUGGCACAGUGGCGAGUACAACGGAUGUUUGUUCAGAAGUGCAAAAAGGUUCCUUCAGCGUCACUGGUUUUAAUCUGACAGAAUACAAAAAGAAAAAGCCUGAUAUAUAUCGCCAAGCGGGAGAUGAUAUCUUACAAUUCCUCGAAGACGGUCUUAUUGCACCAUCUUAUUCAUUGAUCGCCGGUAUGCAUAAAGUCAAUGAUGCUUUACAGUUCAUCUCUGAAAAUGUAUUUCCAGGAAAAGUUAUAAUCGACAUGAGAAACAAAGAAGCUGAAACAAAAGUGAUCACGUGAUCAAAUUUGCAUGACUUUUUAGUGAACAUUCUAUGAGCAUUCUUCAGGUUCUAAUCCGUUUUAAAAAGAGGAAAAAGCACGCUGGUAGUGCCAUUUUAUAUAUAUAUAUAUAUAUGUAUCUAGAAGUAGAUUAAUAUUAUAUAAGCAAAAUGUGUGUGAACAUAGUUCUUAGGACCAUUUUAAUAAAACUUUCUUUUUAAAUUCUA